GUAAACAUUCGAUUCGUGGAUGUUGAUGUCGCCGUUGUCGCAUCGGGUCUUGCUAUCGUAUCGUGCUGCACGUGUUGUGUUGUUUAGUCGUGAAUAUUUCGUGAACCUCGGCUUCAUAAUCUCGUGGUGGCCAGCAUGUCCGACGACGAAGUUGACCAGGUCGAUCCCGUCGCCCAUCGAAACCUGCUAGCUGGUAUCAACAGUCUCGUUCGGACACAAGAUGUCCAGAAGGUAACUCGCACCGAGCCGACGAUCAAAAAGUCCGAAUUCAGUCUGGUCAAAGGAACGUUCAGCUCAGAGGAUGGAAGGAAAAAGUUCAAACCAUCGAUAAAGGUGGACGAGUUGUUGGGUAUUCUGAAGAAAAGUGAUAAAAAUACGGCAUUAGAAAAGCAACUGAGUCACAUCAAGACCAAAAGGCAAACAUUGCGGAAGCCCUUGGAGAAACCUGUGGCAGAUCGCAUACAGCGGGACACGUUGUAUGGCAAGGCGCAGACUAGUUUGGAUUUAUGGGAACCGGUGAUUACGGCAAGCGAUGUGGCGCCACAAACCGUGUUUCCGCUGCAGUACGGGAGCGUUGGAAUGGCGAAUGAAGCUCCUCAGAAAUUGUCCCAGUACCGCAUCAAGUCCGAUUUAAUGAAAGCAAUGGAAGAGUUGGAUCGGGAAUAUCAAAAGGAGGAGGCCGAGGAAGAACCGGAAGAUAAAUACACGUUGACGCUAAAAGAGUUGAAGCAAAAAAGAAAGGAGGCUGCGCGACAAAAGAUGCGAGAGGCCUAUAAAAUUGCCAAAGGCCGGCGGAUGAACAAGAUUAAGAGCAAAAAGUUUCAUAAGCUGAUGAAGCGAGAGAGAAUCCGAGAUCAAAUCAAACAGUUUGAAGAAUUGCAGAAAACGGAUCCGGAAGCAGCUUUGAAGCAAUUGGAGUUGAUAGAGAAACAGAGAUACCAAGAAAGAGCCACCCUGCGACACAAGAACACCGGAUCUUGGGCGAAGAAUAUGCAAAUCAGAGCUAAGUAUGAUAUGAAUGUACGGAAAGAAAUUGCGGAGCAAUUGUCCAUCGGAAAGGAACUGAUGGCGAAGAAGCUGGCGGAGAAUGAGUCGGAAGAAUCGGGCGAAGAAGAGGUUAUUGAAGAAGAUGAAGGUGAUGAUAACCCUUGGGUACGCAAAAAGGGAAAGCAUGAGGAGGAAGCCAAUAAGGAGUUCACCAGUGGCUAUCGAAAAUACUGGGACCAGAGAAACAAGGUGGAACAAGCGAUUAAGCAAAAUGUUGGCGACAGUAAAGGCUACGGUAACGAUGAAGAAGAAAAUGAUCAAUGUUCCGAUGACAUCAAAGAGGAUGAGGAAGACUCUGAAGAGGACCGUCAACUAGAAGUCUUCAAAACAAAGGUUCAAAAAUCGAAUGCCGUUGCUACUACCGCUUGGAAUGAAGAAGAUUUGAGUGAAGCUGAUGAACUGCCGACAAAACAGAAGAAAAAGAAUGGCAAAGCCAGAGAGUUUAAUUUAGAAGAAAUGUUCGAUGAUGCCCAGGAAGCUCUCCAGAAAAAGGUGCAGGAAAAAUUGGCGAAUGUCCAAAAAUUGACACAAGCUCAGAAACAGACAGAACAUAAUGAAAAAUCAAACAAUAAACGAAAAUCCAACGGGACAUCCGAGCUAGCCUUCAAAAAGAAAGCUUCGCUGGCUGAUGCUGAUCUUGAACUAGAUGAAACUGUUGGAAAAGACAAAGAUGAUGGAAUACUCCCUAAAAAUAUCGCAACAUUCUUCUCUGAGGACAAACUGCAUCAACCAACGGAAUCGCGUUUGGAAGUGACUAUCAAUCCAAAGCAAUUUGUUCAGAUGAAACCAAAGCAUCUCCUGAAUGCCAUCCCAGACUUUACCACGGUCGGUGAGCUCUCCGGCGAAGACGAAGACGAACAUGGCGACCCGGAGCGCAACCAGAAGCUCACCAUAGCAGAAGCUUUCGAGGACGACGACAUUGUGGUCGACUUCGAGAAGGAAAAGCAAGACGAGCGGGAGCGAAACAAACCGAAAGAAGUUGAUCUGUCCCUUCCGGGCUGGGGUGCAUGGGGUGGUGCUGGAAUCAAAAAGCGUAUGCCCAAGAAAACCCGUCGAAAAAUGUUCAAGGCGGCACCGGUGCUGCCUCGCAGAGAUGACAACAAGGAACGCGUCAUCAUCAACGAGGACGCAGCGAAUCAAAAAAUGUCCGCUCAUCUGGUGAAUGAGCUUCCGUUCCCCUUCGUUACUGUGAAGGACUACGAAGCGUCCUUGAGGGCCCCGGUGGGUCGGACGUUUAUCCCGGAGACAGCGCAUUCAACGCUGGUGGAACCACGGGUGGUGACUAAGAUGGGUGCAAUCAUUGAACCCAUGAAAAAGGACAUUUUGCUGCAGGACGUGAAGAAGAGCUUCCGUGUCGGUGGAAAACAGUACAACAAGGCGAUCAAGAAGUACGAGGAAUUUUUGGAAGAGGCCUAAGCUGCUGCGUAAUUUUAUGAAUCCAUGAAAAACAGAGAUGAUUGUUAUAAAGGUAAUAAUAAAGUUCGAACGAGGCUUUAUUUAUUUCAUA